AUGUCUGGUUAUAGCACGAUCGUCGUCCCCCAAGGCAUCUCCUACGUUGCAGCCGCUAUAUUCUCGAACGUAUGUCUCUUGACAUGGCAAUCGUACAAAGCCGGCUUUGCUAGGAAAGCUGCACGCAUCCCGUAUCCCCAGCUCUAUGCUGAAAAAGCGGAGGCACAAGCGUCUAAGGAAGCGCAUCGCUUCAACUGCGCUCAGCGCGCCCACCAGAAUACCCUGGAACAACUGCCUAUAGUUCUGAUCAGUACCAUCCUCGUGGGCCUGAAGCGGCCUAUUCUUGCGGCGUCCCUCUGCGGAGCGUGGUCCUUUGCCCGGGUCCUGUACACAAUUGGAUAUGCGACCGGUGACCCAGAGAGGCGCAAUACCAGCGGUGGAGCCUUAUUCUACUUAGCGCAGCUAGGCCUUUUGUUCAGUGCCGCGUAUACGACGGUAGAGUACUUAGUGGCGGGCCUCUAA